AUGAGGAGUCAGCAAGUUCCCUGCUCUUUUUCCAUUUUAUACAACGUUUUCAUAACCCAUUGUCAGGCCGUCAAAUCAGGAAACAUUGCACAUAUUUACGUUGCCAACAACAUCCUCAGUCGAUACUCAAAAUGCGACUUCGUAGGCUUAAGUCUUGCUUGCAAAUUGUUCGACGAAAUGCCUCUGAAAGACACCGUUACCUGGAACACCAUGAUCACUGGCUAUGUAGAUUCUGGGAACUUGGGUGCUGCUUGGGAGUUUCUAAAAUCCAUGAAAAGACGUGGCUUUCAAGCUGAUGGCUAUACCUUUGGAAGUAUACUUAAAGGGGUAGCUCAUGCUUGUCGACAUGAUCUUGGGCAACAAGUGCAUUCCUUGAUUCUUAAGACUGGUUAUCAACGGAAUGUUUAUGCAGGUAGCGGUUUAUUGGACAUGUAUGCCAAGUGUGAGAGAGUUGAAGAUGCUUAUGAUGUGUUUCAAGGCAUGCCAAUGCGUACUUUUGUCUCGUGGAAUGCACUCAUCGAUGGCUUUGUGCAAGUGGGCGACCGUGACACCGCUUUUUGGCUAUUAGAUUGUAUGGAGAAGGAAGGUGUUAGGGUCGAAGAUGGCACAUUUGCCCCGCUUUUGACAUUGCUUGACAAUGAUAAGUUCUAUAACUUGACGAUGCAGCUUCACUGUAAGAUUAUAAAACAUGGCCUUGAACUUUAUAAUGCUUUGUCUAAUGCUACACUCACCGCAUAUUCAGAAUGUGGUUCUUUGGAAGAUGCUAAACGGGUUUUUGAUGGUGCUGUUGGCACCCGAGAUUUGGUUACCUGGAAUUCCAUGCUAGCAGCUUACCUAGAGCAUGGUAAAGAUGAGGAUGCAUUUAAUCUUUUUUUUGAGAUACAAAGGUUUGGGUUUGAGCCAGACAUCUAUUCUUACACUUGUGUCAUAAGUGCUUGUUUUGAAGCAUCACAUAAAAACCUUGGGAAAUCCUUUCACGCAUUGGUGAUAAAGAGGGGACUGGAAGAAUCAGUGGCUAUCUGUAAUGCAUUGACAGCUUUGUACCUCAAAUCGAAUAAUAAAUCCAUGGAAGCUGCGUUGAACUUAUUUCAAUCCAUGGAGUCUAAGGACCGUGUCUCUUGGAAUUCCAUUUUAACUGGGUUGUCACAAAUGGGGUUUAGUGAAGAUGCCCUGAAACUCUUUUGGCAUAUGAGAUAUUCGCUGGUGGAAGUUGAUGAUUAUGCCUUUUCGGCUGUCCUUAGAUCUUGCUCGGAUUUAGCAACCCUCCGAUUAGGCCAACAGAUUCAUCUCUUGACAGUUAAGACCGGAUUUGACUCGAAUGAUUUUGUGGCCAGUUCGUUAAUAUUUAUGUAUUCUAAAUGUGGAAUUAUUGAAGAUGCUUGGAAAUGUUUUGAAGAUACCACAAAAGAAAGCUCAAUUACUUGGAAUUCAAUAAUGUUUGCAUAUGCACAACAUGGGCAGGGUGAUGUUGCACUGGACCUCUUCUCCAUGAUGAGAGGGAGAAAGGUGAAGCUGGAUCAUAUAACCUUCGUUGCAGUUCUGACUGCAUGUAGCCACAUCGGACUGGUCGAACAAGGCCGCUGUUUUCUAAAAUCCAUGGCAUCUGACUAUGGGAUUCCACCUCGGAUGGAGCAUUAUGCUUGUGCUGUUGAUUUAUUUGGCCGUGCUGGAUAUCUGGACGAGGCAAAAGCCUUGAUUGAUUCAAUGCCAUUUCAACCCAAUGCAAUGGUGUUGAAAACUCUACUGGGUGCCUGUAGGGCUUGUGGUAACAUCGAGUUAGCUACUCAGGUAGCAAGCCAGCUGCUAGAGCUCGAGCCUGAAGAGCACUGCACGUAUGUUAUCCUCUCAAACAUGUACGGACAUCUUAGGAGGUGGGACGACAAAGCCUGGGUGACGAGGCUGAUGAGGGAGAGGAAGGUGAAGAAGGUUCCUGGUUGGAGUUGGAUAGAGGUGAAGAAUGAGGUACAUGCAUUCAAGGCUGAAGAUCGAUCCCACCCCUGUUCUGAAAAUGUAUAUCAAAUCUUGGAAGAAUUAAUUGAAGAAAUGAAAUGGCUACAUUCUGUUGCUAUCUCUGAUUCUUUGAUGCUUGAUGCCAAUAACAUGUACCCCUUACUGUGA